AAAUUUCCACUAACAAUUCGCCACGUCUCUUGUAAUUAUUAGAUCCCAACAUCCCCAAUCAAUCACUUGCCCACAGCUUUCCCCAAAAACAACCCUAAAAAAACAAUUCAAUUCGAAAUUUUCAUUUCAAGAUCCAAUCUUUCUCACAAAAACAACAAAACCCAAUUCAAUUCGCCGAUCAAACAUUCAUUUCCGUUACUUAAUUUGGUGGAUGGCAAGAACCAAUAAAUACGCUUCAAUCAAUUUCAACAAUGUCUACGACAAAAACAUAACCAAUAAUAAAAGUAACAAUAACCAAACAAAACAAUCCUCUUCUUCCGCUUCGUAUUCAUCACUCGGAUCUUCUCAUGGCCGGAUGCUAGUUUUGACCCGACCCACACCCAAACCCGCUUCCAUCGUCGCCUCUACGCCGCCUCUGUCACCUUCUCCACAAAAUAGUAGUACCCAAUUGGCUAUAAGUCAGGAUCAACAACGUGUUGAUUCUGAAUUUGACUCAAUUUCUCUUCGCCCUUCGGGUCGGACUGGACCCGGUUCGUGUGCGGUUCAGAUACCGGAGCUGAAGGCGAAUAAGUUUGUGCCGCCCCAUCUUAGACCGGGUUUUGUUAAGAAAGAGGAGAGGAAGGAUGUGGGUCAGAGGCCGCAGCAUGGGUAUGUUGGAGUUGGAUCCGGAUCGGGAUCUCCGGAUGGGUAUGGAGAUAACGGGCGGCCGAAAUCGGGUGGCGGUUAUGAGAGGAUGAGAAGAGGUGGCGAGUCGGGUCUGGAUUUUGGUAAUCGGCCUAGAUCUAGCGGGAACCGACCCAAUUCAAGUGGAUGAUGUUGUGACGAAAGAAAAGGCUUUUCCAAGGACAGGAACGGAGCAAACUUGAAAGCUUACACGAAUAUUCAUCAUCUCCGGAACUGGUUUCAUCAUUUUGGGAAGAUCAGCUGCAUAUUUUAACACAGCGAAGAUAGGAUCAAACUAGGUGGCGCCUUUUGGGUUUCAACUCGAUGAAAUAUUUUACGUUCAAGUGGUGUAAAAAGUAGGAUCUGGACUUCAAGUUACAUCAUUGCUUUUUUUUUUGAAUCAUCAAAUCUCAUUAAAUCGAAUAUGAAACAGUUACAUUUGUAAGAAAUUCGGAAUAAUUCGAAAACUAAAUCCGAUGACCUGACAUGGAACAGACAACAUGCUGCCUGAUUCGCAGAUCUUACUUACGAAAAUAAAAAUAAAUUAUUAACUGUUUCGCUAAAUAAGUGCAGUCUUCGAUCACUCGUCGAUCAAAACUUAUCCAAUCACCCACAAACUCAGAGCAUUCCAUUCAAUCACCACUUGAUAACUCCUUCAUAAAAAAGAGACAGCAAACUCCUACAUAAAAAGGAGACAACAAACCUUUCACAGAGAAAGGACAACAAACCUUUCAUAAUGAAAGGACAACAUAAAACAUUCAGAAAAAAAACAAACAAUGAAAAACAAAUAAAACUAAUAUAGCUCAUAAACGAUUCCAUUUUAUUGAUGAAAGAUCUUCGAUCUAUCUUCACUUCUUGGUAAAUGAAUUACGCUUCGUUGAUAGGUUUUAAUCCAUCAAAAAAAUGAAAAAGAGUCGCUAUUUAUUAUAUUCUAUCAAAUUAAAAUAACAUAAAUAAAGGGAUGGCUACCGUCAACAACAAAAAUCAAACCAUUGACGGCAGCCGGAGAAGAAAUAAGAAAAAAACUCUUGGCGGCUAGGGUUUUUUUAGAGAGAAAAAAGAGGUUUUUAGCCGUGUGUGGUAGUUUUUAGUUACAUCAUUGCUUAUUAAUUCAAUUUUAGCUGCUUUUAAAGAAAGACAUAAAGGUGCCUGAAGACUGUAGAAUAUAACUUUUGUGUAAUUUUUGUUGUUGUGCCCUGUUUAAAUUGAUUUUACAAAUUCUUAAGGCAAGCAUCUUGUUAUGUCUGCUGCCUCUCAUUUUGAUUUUAAUGCAAGUUUAAAGAAAAUUUCUUUACAACA